CUUUUUCAUUCGAUUUUAUUCUUAUUCUUAUAUAUCUUUAUUAUCGUUGGCCUUGAUUGUUGUUGCUUUUGCCCAUGACGAUCACGCAUCGACAGAAACCGAGUGGAAAUGCGUUGAGUGCGAGUUCUGCCAACGAUUCGCAAGUGGACGAUAAAGAGCCUCCUAAAUACCACUGUGACGCUUGCAGCAACGAUGUCACCAAUACAGUCCGCAUUCGCUGUGCAGAUAAAGAUUGCCCUGACUUUGACUUGUGCGUCACUUGCUUCUGCAAUGCGGCCGAACCGGUCAAGCAUAAAUCGUGGCACGAUUAUCGUGUUGUGAAACCCCACAAUUUCCCCAUCUUUAGCGAAGACUGGGAUGCGGAAGAAGAACUGUUGUUAAUCGAGGCCACGGAAAAGAAUGGCAUGGGCAAUUGGCAAGCUAUUGCCGAUUACGUGGGUACACGAAGUAAACAAGAAUGCGAACAACACUAUCUGGAAGUGUACGUUUCCAGUCCCGAUUGGCCACUGCCACGAAUGAACUUGACCUUUGAAACGAGCGAAAGCGAAUGCAGAGAACGCAAACGAGUACGAUUACAGCAAUCUCGAGGUUUAGGACCACGAAAACCGGCCGCGGCGCCUGUGAGCAGCAAGCCCAUUACGAGUGGACCGGCUUACCAUGAGAUUCAAGGUUACAUGCCGCGACGGUUCGAAUUUGAGACCGAACACGAAAACGAAGCGGAACAAUACGUGAAAAAUAUGAUCUUUAAUGACGAUGAUACCCAAGAAGAAGUGAAUCUAAAAAUCAUGGUUUUGGACAUUUAUAAUUCACGGCUCGAUCGACGCAUGGAACGUAAAAAGAUGAUUUUUGAACGAGGAUGGCUCGAGUUCAAAAAGCAGCAAGCCAUAGAGAGGAAACGGCAUCGAGAAGAACGGGAAAUCUACAACAAGACACGAGUCUUUUGUCGAUUACAAACGGCCUCGGAUUACGAAACCUUUGUGCAAGGCCUUAUUAAAGAACAGCAGCUGCGCGAUCGGAUCAUGACCCUUCAAGAAUGGCGUCAGGCGGGCCUGACCACGUUCCGUCAAGGAGAACAGUACGAACGCGAUAAACAGCAACGAUUAGCCCAUCUCAAGGCCUUGGCUUCCCUGUCCAACGAACGAUCUAAUCUUGCCGGCGCCAACCAUCGCAACAGCUAUCGUGCGCAGAUGGCCGCCCUGGCGGCCACCAAUGGUGCGAGCUACUACAGAGACAAGGUGGCGCAACAGAAUCACGUCAAUACUGCUUCCACAGCCGGUGCGGCGGCGCCGGCCGGUGGACGAAAACCGGCGAAUCCCUUGAAUAUCCGGGAUGCCGAUGGUAUCCAUCUGCUGACGGAAGAAGAGCAAGUGCUGUGCUCGACCCUACGUAUUAUGCCGCGACCUUACCUCGUCAUCAAAGACACCAUUCUGAAAGAGUAUGCAAAGCAAGGAUAUCUGAAACGACGACAAGCGCGAGCAUUGAUCAAGAUUGAUGUGAACAAGACCAGUCGGAUCUAUGACUUUUUCAUUGAGAGUGGUUGGAUCAAACCGUUCAAAGAAAAUUCCACAGCACCAACCCCCACGGCUGCUUCCACGCCUUCUGUCCCUCCCUCUUCCUCUCUCCCCCCAGCAGCCCAUGCUUCUCCAGCCCCGAACCCUUCUGUCACCACCCCAUUGCCAGCCAACACCGCCACUGAAACAGCAUCGUAGAAAAAAAAAAUCUACCAUAUGUGGCCCCUCAACUUUUUUAUUAUUCACCGAGGCGAAAAUAAUGACCUACUUUUUUCUCCUCAAUCACCUAAAAAAAAGACUCACUCUUACCCCAGAAAGAAACGAAAUAAAUGGAUUUUCCUUUCA